UAUAUAAAUAAAAGAGGGCCUGUCUGCUCGUGCGCUCUCUCUUUUUUUUUCUCCCCCCAGUGCGAACCUCUCUCUGCCUUCUUAUUACAGAUCUGCAUUUGCAACCAUCAGCAGCCAGAAGGGGGGUUUAUUUUAAUUUCAUCCCAACACACAAGGAAAAAACACACACAUACAGAGUCGCGAGUAAGAGCAAUUACAAGGAAAGAUGAGUGAAUCCAGUACAAAAUCAGGUCAACCUCUGGCUGCCAAACAGGACAAGGAUGUCUCUGAGAAGAGAGGACGAGGGCGACCCAGGAAACAGCCUCAGCAGGAACCCAGUGAGGCACCAGUCCCUAAGAGACCACGUGGCAGGCCAAAGGGGAGCAAAAACAAGGCUGCUUCAAAGGGAAGGAAAACCUCUGCAACACCUGGGAGGAAACCUCGAGGCCGACCCAAAAAAUCAGAGAAGGAAGAAGAGGAGGUCAACAUUUCCCAUGAGUCGUCAGAAGAGGAGCAGUGAAGAUAGUCAACUGAUUCUACCUCACAAUUCAGUUUUCCUAUUUCUUGUCAAGUUUUGGGACAGAGGAAGGAACAAAGAAUCCUCAUUCCUUCCUUGCACCCCCCC